AUGAAGCUGCCCUCUGUUGUAAAAGCCUUGGCAUCUCUGUGUAUGCUGCUUGCAGAUGGAUUAUCAGUGUCUGCGGAUGGAUCUCCACGCAUCAUUGGGGAAGAUCGAGUCCAUAUCAAAGCUCAUCCAGGUGAGCCACUGAUUCUUCACUGUGAUGCAGUUACAAAUAGUAAAGAUGGAGUGACGCUCAUCUACUGGCUCAUCAAUGGCUCUUUUCCUGAGGAUAUACCCAGCAGUGACAGAAUAGUAGAAUCAGAACAAUCACCGUUGGAGGACGGUACAAUCCUCCAGAGGAGAUUGCUGUUGAAGAACGUCACACCAGAGGACUUCAAAUCCAGCUUCACCUGCAUGGUGACGAGCGCUGUUGGAAUGGCCCAGAAGCAAAUAAAGCUCAGAAAAAUAAGAAAUAAAGGAAAGGAAAGGAAAGAACACUGAAUGUUAGUAACACCAAUGGGUUUCUAUUCAUUUAUAUAUUAACAGUGAAUCAACUUAAUCUGUGAAUUUUAUAUUAGCUGUUACACUGUUUGGUGAGAGCCAAUACAGACCAAACAGCAAUUGAAGUAUAUUAGUACCCUUUCUAUUUUACAGAGCAUUUUAUUGUGGAACUGAAUGUACCUUUGAUACGGUUGAAGUAAAGCAGGGCUAUCAUCUAUCUGCAGAAUAUAGAGAGAAUAUUGUUACACUGUGAUUUGCUAUGGUUCUGUAUCAUUCCUGUG